CAUCCUACUUUCAUUUUCGUUUUUGUCCUAGCGAGUCACAUUUGAUUUGCGUUAAGACACACGUUUUCCCUUUCUCGCAAUUAAACUGUAUUAGUCAGGAUGAACUCAAAGAUGUUUGUGUUACUCGUUCUGGUAAAUACUGUGAAGGCGACCGAAUCAAAUACCAUUUACUUAAAAGUUGGCGACCAGCUUGCGCUUCCAGGUGGCAUAAAUACGCCUGUACAACACAUCCUUUGGAAACUAAACGCCAACAAGGUGGUAGAGUGGGACCCCUUCUUUAAAACAACCGUGUAUGGUGAAUUCAAGAAUCGCACAACUUUGGACAUUGCCACUGGACAUAUUUCAAUUCGUGACGUGCGGAUAUCAGACAGUGGAAUUUUCUAUUUUGAGUUCAAUCACACACAACAUAAGUCAAUUAAAAUAUCAGUGAUCAACGAAGUCCCUACACCCAGAAUUAACUCUAUCUGUGACACACACAUGACCUCAUGCUCUCUGACCUGUGAGGGAGACAUCGCUGAAGCCGGGACAGUGACCUACUCCUGGAAAGCAGAUGAAGCGAAACUCGAAGUUUCAGACAAAACCCAUAUACAUGAAAAUAAAAAUACUGAAGCAUUCACCUGUAUGAUGGAGAACAGUGUGAGCCAGAUGGAGAGUGCACCCCACAGGAACACAUUGUAUUCUCCAGUUCCAGUGCUAACGGCAAAGACCCUGAUUGGUAUUUCAAUCUUCGUUUUAUUAAUCACUGCAAUCAUUGUGCUCGUUUUCAUGCACAAAUGUAAAUCAGGAGUUUGGUUUUAUGAGACAGAAUCCAUGCCUUGGGAAACAGGCUUUUGGAGAAAACAGGGAAACUCUGAAUGUGCUGGUGCAGGUGACCAAGAGUCCCCGGAGAUUAACCAAUCAGAGAACGACGUCCAAGCUGGAGCUGCUGAGGAUGCAGUAACAAAGGUGCCAAAAGAAGAAGACAAACUGAUGACUUCGAGCAGAGCUGAAGAAGAUGCUAGUUUGAAUGAGAAUGGAACAUCGGUUACUUAGGAACCAUCAUGAUGGAUCAUGAUGAAUGAUGGCACAGAGGAUCACUGUCACCGAUCUCAUCCAGUGACUCUGUACUAUUGGUGAAUGAAGAACAGCCAUGCUGACCCAAUGUCUGAACUAUGCCUGAAUGAAACUACACCUGAAUAUCCCUGCUUGUACAGUAUUUGCGUAUGUAUGUGUGUAGAGUUUUUACGCGUUUUACUGUAUACUACGCGUUUUACUGUAUACUACUCGUUUUACCGUAUACUACGCGUUGUACGGGUAUUAUACCGUGAAUGGGUUACACAAAGUAUGGGUCACACACAACUUAUGCUGUUGUAAAACAGUUGAGUUAUUUCAAAAGAGUUCGAAAUGACUCGAGCACUGUUGUCUUAAAAUGUUCUGUUCAUUUUAUGGAAUGACUCGUCUCUUGUUUUUGUAGUGCUUAUGGGACAAACUGGGAGGUUUAAAAUGUGAGCCUUUAAACCAUUUGAGUAGAAUGAACAUUGAAAACUCGUUUUUUAAUCGCAUAUCUUCCAACAUUUGAAUGUAAACAACCUUUAUUUAUUAACCCUGUGUGUAUGUCUCUUUCAAUAAAUCCACUCUGUUGUUUUGUGUAAGAGUUUUGAUAUGUUUAAAAUAAAAUAAAGAAUGUAUAGCCAUUAAA